UCGGGUCGAUCCUUCUUCUUCCUCCUCCUCCUCCUCCUCCUCCCCCACCCACAGGAAUAGCACACUCAAUCCGAGCAGCAAGGAACCCCGCGCGCGCCGCUGCGGACGCCGCCGCCCCCGUUGACCGCCCGGCGAAGCGAUAUGCUCCACGGCGUCAGGUUCCUGCGCUCCGCCGCCGCCACCCUCGCCCGCCUCGCGCACGCGAUCCUCGCCGGCGCCAGCGGCGGCUGGGCGCUCCUCCUCUUCAUGCCCCUCUGUCCCGGCCCGACCUCGGCUGCGACCACCACCGCCACGGCGGUCCCCGCGCCCUGGCACCAGCAGCAGCCCGGGAGGGCGGCGCCCAGCAGCAAUAAGAAGGUGCACCCCGCGGCGCUGGCCGUCGACGAGAAGCCGCCGGCCGGCUGCGGAAAGGACCAGCUGCCCGCACCGGCGCUCGUUCUUCCGGCGCUCAAUGAUAAGCAGCAGCAAGGGGAGAAGACGGCCAAGGCGGCGCGGGGAAGACCGCCCAGGCUGGCCAUACCGCCGCCGGUGGCCUGCGCUCCCGGCGUCGACCCGUUCGGCGCGGCGGCGGACAGGGAGACGGACGUGGCGACGGAGCUGGAGGUGCAGGGCGAGGGGUUCUGCCUGGCGAGCAGGAGAGGGGUCAGGCACGCCAUGGAGGAUGGCUAUGGGGUCAUCGCUGAUCACGUCACUCAAGGAGGCUCCCAAUUGGCCUUCUACGGUGUGUACGACGGGCACGGCGGCCGCGCGGCCGUGGACUUGGUCGCCGACAAGCUCGGCAAGAACGUCGUGGCCGCACUCGCAGCGGCGAGCCGGCGAGAGUCGGGAGUGCCAUCGUCGUCGCGGGCGCCGGCGGGUGGAGACGAAGAUGAGACGGAGCGGGUCGUGGCGGCGAUCAGAGCGGCCUACCUGACCACUGACAGCGAGUUCUUGAGCCAGGGCGUACGCGGCGGCGCAUGCGCGGCGACGGCUCUGGUGAAGGACGGCGACCUCUACGUCGCCAACGUGGGCGACUGCCGCGCCGUCCUCGGCAGCCGCGGCGGCGUCGCCACCGCGCUCACGAGCGACCACACCGCCGCCCGCGAGGACGAGAGGCGCCGCAUCGAGAGCUCGGGCGGGUACGUGAGCUGCGGCAGCGGCGGCGUUUGGCGCGUGCAGGACUGCCUGGCCGUGUCGCGCGCGUUCGGCGACGCGUCCAUGAAGCCCUGGGUCACCUGCGAGCCCGAGGUGUCGCGCCGCCGCCUCACCCCAGACUGCCGAUUCCUCGUCGUCGCGUCCGACGGCCUCUGGAACAAGGUGUCCUGCCAGGAGGCGGUCGACGCCGUCUCCACCGCCGCGUCGUCGUCCUCCGCCGCCGCCGUGGGACCGUGCAAGGAGCUCGUCGCCCUGGCCCGGAGCAGGGGCAGCCGGGACGAUAUCACCGUCAUGGUCGUCGAUCUGCAGCGAUUCCUGCAGUUAUAGUACAAGAUUCGUGAUCGGAUCUUCGUUCUGUCUCUUUCGUCAAGGUUUCUUCUUUCGCUUUCAUAUAUAUUUUGAUUUUACUGUAAAUGAUAUGCUUUUUCAAGAGAUUGUAUUGUGUACGUAGUAUGAAUGUAUGAUAUAGGGACUGCCUUCCGAAGAGGUAAGUUGGAUUGAACUCGUCGGAAAGUGCAGAAGAGAUUAGCGCGACGUGUAACAUAGCAUUGAUGAGUUUUUUUUUACCCGCGAAAAGAAAAGUACCAUUUCCCAUCUUCUAUGUAUAUUACUGGUAUUUCUUUUGUAUGACAUAAUUAGCCUGCAAUAAAAGAAGCCGCGUUCCAAAAA